GAAAAGUGGAAAAAAUGGCGUUUGACCAUGAAGAGACUAUCACGGGGUUGAUAGAAAAGCCUUCGGUGCAAUACAAUCCCCCUGCUAGAUACAUCUCUAAAUUUCGAAACUCGGUAAAAAGCGCAUCAAAAGAAGGAAAAAGUUCUCACAAAACCUUGGGAGUUCCCAGCAUCCGACUCCCAUCCCCAAGUGAAUUUUUGAAAAAGAAUUCAAGAAUCGAGGUGAAGAGGGACGUAAAGCACAAACAUUAUCAUAUUCCUAAUUACCAGCACAAAUUACCUGCGUGGGAGAAAGUGACAAAAAAAUCGAACGAGGGAACUGGAGAUGGAGAGAAAGACAAAUCUCCCUCUCGAAAUUUCGCGAAACGAAAUAUCAAUAAUGCAAAAAAACUACAACCUCGAAUUCCUAGAGUAUAUUAUAUUGACGACAGACGAGGCAAUGCUCAUCCAUUAAUUCCUAGCGGACUUUAUCCGCUCUAUCGAGAUCGAAAGAAUUUGAAAGAAUCGAUGGGAAAAAAAUCAUUACUAGGAAGAGAGGAAGUGAAACGUUCAACAAUAAAAAAAGUCGAUUCGAAAAAUAGAAAAUUAUUGCCUGGAUCUGAAGGGGGGACGGGGGAAGAGGAGGGCGGGGAGUCCGAGACUUUGAGAAGCCGAGAAAAUGCUUCUCAACCUUCAGACCAUUCUGAAUCUACGGUGCGUACGGCCGAUGCAAUUGCAGCUUCUCGAAAUAAAAAGACAAAACAAGAAAUGUGUCGAUAUGUCACUGACGAAGAACGAGUUGACCUCCUAUAUGGAAUGAAAAAGAAAUUCGAAGAGCUGAUGCACGAAUUCCAGGUUCUCCCCUUCCUCACCGACACUCCGCCGAAGGCCAAGAGAAAAGCAAAAAUGGAAAAAGACUUGAAUCAAUUGGAGAAAGACAUCGAUUUAAUUGAACGCCAUCCUCAUAUUUACGUUUACGAAGGAAAUCAAUCAAUUUGAAAAACUAUUUUGAUGGUCUUGAUUAUAAAAAAUAUUUCUAAAAGGACAAAGAAAUUGCCAAACACGGAAAAAUAGUGGGCAACUAGAAAAAUUGU